AUGUUUAAAGUCGAAUUUAAUGUGGAAUAUUCAAAGUCAAGCAGAGCUAUCUGUAGGGCAUGCGAUAGUAAAAUAUUAAAAGGAGACAUGAGAAUUUAUAUUUAUCACUACGAUGUCCCUAAAUAUUACCAUUUGAAAUGCUAUACUCCAAAAUACAACCAAUAUAUUUGUAAAAAUGACAUCAAAGUUUGUGUAAAUGACGAAGAUUCUAGGAUAUUUGAUAAAUGGCUUAAUGAAUGAAAUAUAAAUUAUGAGCCUCUUGACAAGCCUUAUCAUAUCCCUCCAAAAUUAGAUAAACAAGUAGAAUCAAAGUCUUCUAACUCCCCCCCCUCCGUGAGUGAACAAAACCAUUAGAAAAAUUGCUAUUUUUUGCCCAAAAACCCACCCUCCGUGAGUGAACAAUAAUUUUUUUAUGGUAAAAAAAUUUUGAUAUAUAAAUGAUAAUUAGUAUAAUGAAAUCUAGAGCUAAUUCUGUUUAAUUUUAAACGAAUUUGCUUUUUAAAACAUAAAAUUUUAUAAAUUAAAUUAAUAUUUUGCUUCCAAUUUUUGUGAAUUAGGAUUUUUUUAAAUUUCGAAAAAAAAAAUAUUUUUUAUAAAAUUUAUAUAUAAAUUUUUUUAAAAAAAAAAAAUUAACCCCUCCGUGAGUGAACAAAAUUUUUUUUGUUCACUCACGGAGGGGGGGGGGGGAGUAAAUAUAAAAGGGCAUGAAUAGAAGUAUUCCGAUUUAUUUCGCCGCGAGAAACCUCAUAUACGCUUUCUUUGGUAUGCAAGGAGUUUUAUCAUAUCACUUGAGAUGAAGAGCUUUGGCAAUUUUAUUAUUCAAAUCAAUAUAAAAAUCCUAUUGAACAAUCUAAUAGCUGGAAAGACCAAUACAUGCUGGCAACUCUCCACUCUUGCGCAGAAUGUCUUAUCUACUUAGACGAAAAUAACUUCCAUAAAUGUCCAUUAUUGAAAAAACCUAUUUGUGAUAAAUGCCUGGGAACUCCUAACUCCCCCCCCCCCCCUCCGUGAGCGAACAAAAAAAUUUUGUUCACUCACGGAGGGGGGUUAAUUUUUUUUUUUUAAAAAAAAUUUAUAUAUAAAUUUUAUAAAAAAUAUUUUUUUCGAAAUUUAAAAAAAUCCUAAUUUGCAAAAAUUGGGAAGCAAAUAUUAAUUUAAUUUGCAAAAUUUAUGUUUUAAAACGCAAUUUGUUUAAAAUUAAACAGAAUUAGCUCUAGAUUUCAUUAUACUAAUUAUCACUUAUAUAUCAAAAUUUUUUUUUUCCAUUAAAAUUUUUUCUAUUAAAAAAAUUUUUGUUCGCUCACGGAGGGUGGGUUUUUUGGUCAAAAAAAAUGGUGAUUUUUCUAAUGGUUUUGUUCGCUCACGGAGGGGGGGGGGGGGGGGGGGAGUAAGUAUAAAAUAUUAGAUAAAUCAGAUAUCAGAUACCAGUACAAAAUAAAUCCAAAUGUCUUAAAUUUAAAAUUUUGUAAUGGCUUUUGUGGAACAAAACAAACUUAUUUUUUCAUGAUUAAAAAAGCGCUAAUUGAGUAUCGCAAUCAAAAUAAACAAAGAAUAUUAAAAAAAUUUGAAAAUAAGUCAGAGCAUGCUGAAAUAAAAGAAAUUGUUGACUCGAUUGAUGUUGAAAACAUGAAUGAAAAUAUCCUACAGGAUAUAAAAUUGAUAAAAAAUCGUUUUUAUAAUUGCUUUGAUAAAAUUUUUAAAUAUAUUUGAUACAAAAAAGGAGGUUUAAAAGAAAUCGUGCCUUUAAUCAGAUAA